AUCUACAGCCAGGUAGGUUAUGACCAUUUGGAAUUAAGAAUGUGUUUUCCUUCUCCCUUUAAGGUUUUCACUGUUGAGCUGCAAGUGUACUGUGGGGAGGAUGUAGCUAUUAGCAGAUUGGGAUUCCUUCAUUGGUAAUAAGAAGUUGGCUGAGAUAGUGUAACAAAAAUACAUUGAAAACAACCAAAUUUGUAUAAUUUGAAAACAUGAUUAUUGGGCACCCUGAAUGUGUUCUUUUUGGAUUUGUUUAUCUUAUCUCAAGGCCAUGGUGUGGGUGAAAAGUGAGGUGAUUCUGUCCGUCUACAUCAUCACUUUCCUGAUUGGCCUGCCUGCCAACAUCCUGGCACUCUACGCCUUCAGCAUCAAGAUCCACAAAAAGCCCACUCCCACAGACAUCCUCCUGCUCAACCUGAUCGUGUCCGACCUCCUCUUUCUUCUUUUCCUGCCUCUCAAGAUGUACGAGGCGGCCUCCGGCAUGCAGUGGUACCUGCCCGAGUUCCUCUGCUCCAUCACUUCCUACACCUUCUUCUCCACUAUCUACACCAGUUCUCUCCUGUUGAUGGCUGUCAGUGUGGUCCGGUACCUGGCGGUUGCCUUCCCCAUCACCUACCGCCAACUCAGCAAACCUUUCUAUUCUGUGGUUUCCAGCACAAUCAUCUGGCUUCUCACCACUGCCCACUGCAGCAUCGUGUUCAUCAUCCAGCACCACCAGGACCUCUCCCAAAGCAACACCUCCGUCUGCUAUGAGAACUUUACCAAACAACAGCUGACCAUCCUCCUCCCGGUGCGUCUGGAGUUCUUUGUCAUGCUCUGCUUGGUUCCUCUCAUGGUUUGCAUCUUCUGCUACCUCCGCUGUAUCUGGAUCCUGUACAUGCUCCCCAGGAUCAGCCCGGGCCAGAAGCAGAAGGCCAUCGGGAUGGCGCUGGGUACUCUGGCCGUCUUCCUUGUGUGUGUCUUUCCCUACAACUUCUCCCAUGUGCUGGGUUUCUUAACAGGGCACAGCCCCCCGUGGAGGUACUACACCCUGCUGCUCAGCGCCUUCAACACCUGCCUGGACCCUAUCAUCUUCUACUUCUCCUCCUCCACCUUCCGCAUCACUAUCAAGAUGUCCAUCUGCAAGAUGCUGGGACUGCGACAUGGUCAGGCUGCGAUCCAAAGGGAAAGCACAAUAGCCGAUAUUGGCCAAGAGUAGAAAAUGUAGUCACCUUACUCCAAGUGCCCUUUGGGUAAUUUUGUCAACAAUAACUAUUCAUUUCACCAAAUGUUUUAAUUCUGUCAUAGAGAUCAAACGUUCAACUUCAUAAAAAAACAUGUUUUCCCAUCUCAAGAUGUUCAAUUAAGAAGAAUAACUAUGCAAAUUCAAAUUAAAGUGACAGGAUUGACUGCAAUAGGGUUAACAACAUCUUAAAUCAGCCAUAACUUCCUUUGUGACGGGGAAUGGAAGCAUUUCUAGUAACUUGUUAAAAACAUUUCUAGCCUAUCUAUCUAUGGGUAACACAGGGUUGAUGGGUAAUGCUUGACGCGCUCAGUUUCCCAGCACAAAACACCAGAAAAUGGCCUAAAAUAGAAAGAACCAGCUCACCUGCUUUUACACAAUGAUAUGGCUAUAUUACUAGAUGGUACAUUUUUCU